UAGACUGUGAUGACAGCAGACCGGAAGUCCCGCUCCGCUCCUGGCUCUUGUUUCCUGCUCCGAUAUCAUUUUGCUCUUUUCUCUUAUUUUUAACUGUAAAACCUGAAAAGUCCUGAAGGUGGAAUCCACGAUGGAGGAUUUUCACAACGGAAAUGAGGGCUCCUUCAACUCUGACGAGGCCGACAACAUCGUCAAGGAGUGCAUCGAGGGCGUCGUGGGCGCUGACGACUACAGUCAGAACCUGGUGAACAAGUGGACCGCCGGCAUCGUGGAGCGCUGCCUCACCCAGCUGGUCAAACAGGGCAAAUCCUACAAGUACAUCGUGACGUGUGCUGUGAUGCAGAAAACAGGAGCAGGACUCCACACAGCCAACUCCUGCUUCUGGGACACGGCCAUGGACGGAAGUUGCACAGUGAGAUGGGAGAACCGCACAAUGUACUGUGUGGUCAGUGUGUUCGCUGUGGCCAUCGCGUAGAACACACACACACACACACACACACUCAUCAACACACACAACUGAACCCAGAAAGAGUAUCAUGCAGUGUGUCCCCGUGAACAGCAGGGGGGGCCAGCGAGUGCCACAACCAUCCAGCUGUUUGUGCAGCCGUAGAGAAGAAAACAUCUGGAUUUUCUCUUUCAGAUGCAAGUAACACAACUCAACGUAUUUAACUCCUCACUACAGCGCUUCAGCAGCUUCACCUUAUUUAUCACAGACGCCGGAAAACGCUCUGCUGUUGUUUACAUCAUGUCAAUUUACUGCAGGAGAAUAAACAACAAGAACAACGAA